GGCCUUACAAUGCAUUUUCUUACAAAUGUUUCCUAACUGUUACAGAGUCUUCUUCACCCUUUAGAUUUGGGGAAUUAAUGAGAACAUGGUGGAUAGUUGCAGAAGCUGUCAGCACAUUCGACACACUUAAUGCCUCAUGCUCACUUGUAACUAGGACUGCAACCACACCAACAGCCAAGAACCAUUCUACUAGAUCCAGAAACUCAUCAGCUGCUCUGCAGACAUCUCAAAGGAAGAGCCUCAGGAUAAGAAGAGCUGCUGUGCGUAGUGACUAUUUUUUAUGGGAUCUUCACAAUUCGAAGAAGAAGAAAAGGCAGAAUCUUUACAGUGUCAGCAACAAGAAAGUACAAAGGUAAAUAGUGCAGCAAAUCCAUUACACGAAACUUUAACAGUUGUAUACCAAAAUGUGCAGGGACUAGAAAGUAAAUUAGCUGAAAUAGAAGUUCUAUUAACUGACUAUCUAAAAGACAUUAACAUACUAUGCAUAAGUGAGCACUGGGUAAAAGAAAUGCAAGCAUCUAGCAUAAUUAUUCCAGAUUUUGAAAUGAUUAGCAAAUUUUGUAGAAUCAACUAUAAAGGGGGUGGGACAUGUAUUUAUGUUAGGACAGGGGUAGAAUCAAAAGAAAUUAAAUGUAAACGAAAAUGCAUAGAAAAAGAUUUUGAAUACAGUAUAUGUGAGCUAACCAAAUUAAAAAUUACUAUUGUGUGUUUGUACCGAUCAGCAUUGGGCAACUUUGCCAUUUUUAUGGAAAACCUUGAGGGACUACUGAAUGAACUUAAACAUAAAGUAAUUGUUCUUGGUGAUUUUAAUGUUAACUUUAAGAAUGAUUGUAGUAAACAACAGCAACUGUGCAAUCUGUUUUUGUGUCAUAAUAUGAUGACAACUGUAAAUGAAGUUACUAGAUGCAGAAAUAUGUCUGAAACUAUAAUAGAUCAAGUAUUUAUAAACAAUGACAAGUGUGAAUAUAACACUGAAGUAAUUGACACUGGUUUCUCAGAUCACAAGGGUAUCAAAUUGAGUUUAAAUGUCACAUCUUACAAGGACCGUGUUAUCAAUAACAAUUACAGAGAAAGGAGAUUUAUAAAUGAUGACAGCAUAAGAAUUUUUAAUUGCAUUCUGGAAAAUAACAACUGGGGUAGUGAAUCAAGUGGUGAUGUCAACACAAAGUUUGACUCAUUCCUUGAAAGUUACAAACACUGCUUCGAUGUUGCCUUUCCUAUAAAAAGAGUCAAAACUAAACAUAAAACCAAAACAUGGGUUACACAGGAGAUUAGAAAGUCAUCAGACACUCUCAGAAAGUUAAAUAAAUCAGCCAGGAAGAAUGUAGCACUGAAAGCACAUGUGAAAUGUUAUAGAAGCCUGUACAAGAAAGUAAUAAUUGCAGCUAAGAAGUUUGAUAAUGAUUCAUAUAUUGAGAAAGGUAACAACAAAAUGAAGUCAACUUGGGAGGUAAUAAAUAAAAAUAUAGGUAGACACAAAAGAAAAGAUAACAGCUUUGUCAUUAAAAGUGGCGGUAAAACUGUUAAGGACCCACUUCAGAUUGCCAACAUAUUUAACAAACAUUUCACAAAUAUAGCCAUAAAUUUAAUAAAAACUAAAUGCAAUUCCAAUAGCAAGGUAAAAAUCCCCAUGAAUGACAUGACAAUGUUCCUUUAUCCAGUAACUGAAUAAGAGGUACUAAAUGCUAUAAAUAAAUUAAAAAGUAAAAUGUCAUGUGGGUGUGAUGGGAUUCCUGACAAAGUCAUUAAGCAAAGUGCAAGAAACAUAGCCUCACAUCUCACUGAAAUUAUAAAUGAAUCUUUUAAGACAGGGUGUUUCCAUCAAAACUUAAAAUGUCCACUAUAAAGCCACUUUACAAGAACAGUGAUAAAUACGAUGUUAGUAACUUUAGGCCUUUAUCACUGUUAUCAGGUUUCUCAAAAAUAAUGGAAAGGAUAAUGUAUCAUAGACUAUACAAAUUUCUUAUUAAGAAUAGAAUAUUGGUUAAUGCGCAAAAUGGUUUCCGUAAAAAUAAAUCAACUGAAACAGCUAUCUUCAAUUUUUUGCAACUUGUUCUAAAUUCCAUAAAUAGAAAGGAAUUAAAUUGUGGAUUGUUUUUAGACUUAUCAAAGUCCUUUGAUGUCAUCGACCAUAAGUUACUGCUUAGGAAGUUAUAUGCCAAUUGGAUACGUGGAGUUGCCCACAAAUAGUUCGAAUCAUAUCUGUCCAACAGGUAUCAGAAGGUGGAGAUAAGCCAUGCAGAUAGGCAUAUUCAUCAAGAUUCGAGAGAGUUUUGUACGGAGUACCCCAGGGAUCUGUAUUAGGAUCAUUACUGUUUUUAACAUUUAUCAAUGACCUACGAAGUGAACUGUCUGAAGCAGAGGCAGUACUGUUUGCUGACGAUACAAGUUUGUUUGUUAAAGCAAAUAGUGAAGCUGACUUACAGGAAAAAGUCACAUUAGCAACAGACGAAGCAGACAGAUGGUUUAAUGAAAACAGACUCAUUGUGAAUGCCAAAAAAACAACGUGGAUCAACUUCAGACAUAUUACAAAUAAAAUAAAAACUAACCUUACAGUAGAACUGGGUAAGUGUAAGAUUGAACAAGCAUCAUACACUAAAUUCUUGGGAGUAUGGUUUGAUGAACACUUAAGAUGGGAAAAGCAUGUAAUAUCAUUGAACAAAAAAUUAAGUCAAACAUGUUAUAUACUUAGAAUGCUUAAAAGCUCAUGUAAUAUUAAAACAGUGUUAUUUGUUUAUUUCUCAUUCAUGCACAGUUUAUAAAGAUAUGGUGUACAGCUUUUGGGGAACAACAGUCUAACAAAACAUUCAUUUAGACUACAAAAGAAGGAAGUCAGAAUAAUAAAAGGUAUAGGAUGUAGAGAGUCAUGUAGGCAUGCUUUGAAAGAAUUAAAAAUCAUGACACUACCAUCCUUAUACAUAUAUGAAAGCAUAUGUUUCUUAAAAGAACACGAGGAAUUUUCUACAUUAAACAGAGAAUUUCACAACUACAAAACAAGGAAUAGGAAUGAUUUCCACAGAGAAAUUCAUAAAACAGCUAUGUAUCACAAAAGUGUACUAUACCAGCCCAAAAUCCUCUACAGUACUCUCCCCAAAGAACUAAAAAUAAUAACAAAACUGCACAUAUUUAAAAGAGAAUUAAAAAACAUGUUAUUGAGCAAUAGUUUUUACAGUAUUGAAGAGUUUAUGAAUCAUUGACAAUAAAAGCGCAGUUAAAAUUUCCCUGACAUAAUAAAUAUGUGUAAUUGCUCAAAUUUAA